GAUGGUGAAUUGAGGAUGGUGGAGGGAACGGACGCAGCUUUGAGGAACAUUUCGACAGGAAAUCAGGACAGCAAGUACCUCUCUUUCCCCUGGGUGGUGACUUUACUCUCCAGUGUUCUGAUCACUACGAUUAUAGUAGAUGUUCUGGGCAACCUGUUGGUCAUUGUGUCGGUCUUCAGAAACAGAAAGCUCAGGAAGGCAGGUAAUGCCUUUGUGGUGAGUUUGGCAAUAGCAGAUCUGGUGGUGGCCAUCUACCCCUACCCGCUCGUUCUGACCGCCAUCUUCCAUGACCGCUGGAUCGCUGGCGAUAUUCACUGUCAAAUCAGCGGCUUCCUCAUGGGGCUCAGUGUGAUCGGCUCUAUUUUCAACAUCACCGGUAUCGCCAUCAACCGCUACUGUUACAUCUGCCACAGCCUUAAGUACGACAAGCUCUUCUCCAACAAGAACACAGUAUGCUACGUCGUCCUGGUCUGGGCAUUGACAAUCCUGGCAAUCGUCCCAAACUGGUUCGUGGAGUCUCUGCAGUACGACGCGCGCGUCUACUCGUGCACCUUCGCCCAAUCGGUGAGCUCUCUCUACACCAUCACGGUAGUUGUGGUGCACUUCAUCCUGCCCAUCGGCAUCGUUACAUACUGCUACCUGCGCAUUUGGAUCCUCGUCAUACAGGUGCGCAAGCGGGUCAAGCCUGACAGUCGGCCCAAGAUCAAACCUCAUGACUUCCGGAACUUUCUCACCAUGUUUGUGGUGUUUGUGUUGUUCGCCGUCUGCUGGGCUCCGUUGAACUUUAUAGGCCUGGCGGUGGCGAUCCACCCCAGACUGGGUCAGGCCAUACCCGAGUGGCUCUUCACGGCGAGCUACUUCAUGGCAUACUUCAACAGCUGCCUCAAUGGUGUUAUAUAUGGAGUGCUAAACCACAACUUUCGAAAAGAGUAUAAAAGGAUUAUACUAGCUAUUUUCAAGUUUAACUGUUGAGUUUUCACAAUGAGACAAGCACUGUGUCUUUCUUAAAAUCUGUAAGUUGUUCAAAAGCAAUUGACUUUUGAGUGCAACGUAAUGAUGCAUCUUUUGUGAUUUGAAUGUUUAUAUUGUUUGAUUUUGUUAUACCAAAUAUAGACAUAUUUUGCAUCACCGUAUGUACAUGCUUGAAUUUGCACAGAAUGAUAUAUGUUUGUACCUGCGUUUCUUGUUUACAUAUCAUCGACACAAUAUGUUAUUUAAAAAUGUUAUUGGUAUCUAAAUGUAGAUCCCAACACUAAUAAAA